AUGAAUCAUCAAUUAUGCUAUUGUAAAUACAGAAACCCAAUAGAAUUUGUAUGUACCUUAAAGGAAUGUACUUAGAGAAGAUUGAUUUGCUAAUCAUGUGCUUGGGAUCACAAUCAUCAUAAUUCAAAAGUUCUUAAAAUUAACGAAUUCGAAACCAUGAUUACUAAGUUAUUAUUUAUCUCUUUAAUAUAGCGAUGCAUUAGUUUAAAGAAUCAAAGAUGUAUACAAUUCAGAGGGAAUUAACACAUUAUUUGAUUAACUAGUUUAUAUUGCUUAAACAGAUAUUAUGUAAAUACUGAAGAAGAGAUGCACAGAAUUGAAAGACAAAGUUAAAAAGAAUUAUAAUCCAUUAAAUAGAACUAUUGAACACAUUGCAAAAAUAUCAAAAAAAUAAUAUGAUUUAUCAACCAUUGACUUCUUAGUCAAAGAAUUAGAUAUCAGCGAUAUUUAAGGAUAAUUAUUAAAAAUUGAAGCCUCUCAAUUUUAGAAAUUUUCGUUAAUUUGCAAGGAAAUCUUGAAUUUAUCUGAAGCUUUAGAUAAAUUAAGAAAAACUUGUCAAGAAGAUUCUUCUAAAGAACUAAAAUCUAUUAAAAAUUAAAUUCAAUCAAAUUUAGAAUAUAAGGAAGUAAAACAAAAAAGUACAAUUUUAUUAAACUAAUAGGUUUAUGUGAUUAAGAUUUAAAUGAUUUUUUUGAAAAGCCUUUAGUUUAAUUAAAAAAACAAUCCUUUUAUGAUCAUUAUUAAAUACAAGAAUAAUAUAAUAAUAAUAAUAAUAAUAAUAAUAAUAUAUACAUAAAUAAUAAUAAGUAUAAUAAAUAUAAUAGGAUUAUAAGAAAUAAGCUCCUUAAAAUAUGUAUUAAUCUCAUGUGGAUAUUUUAAAAAAACCAAAAUAAUUAACAGAUAAAGCAUCACCAUAUAUUAAUGAAAGGUUAAAGACUGAGCAUAUUUCUACUAAGACUUUGA